UUGGCGCUUUUUAUCUCGUUACCGGCAGACCCCUCCCUCAGCACCAGGACCACCGGUACCGGUACAUGUUGACCAGCAGCUUUAAAAGCGUCAAACGGGACUUUACGGAUGACGAGGAUGAAGAUGACUCCGAUGAGGAUGAGGAGCAGGGCUCCAAACGGGGCGAGGAGGACGAACCGUCCCGGUACCGGGUCACCAAAGUCCCGUCCAGCCAGAGUCUGAGCUCCGCCGAACCGGAGUUCUACCCGUCCGGACGGCACUUCUAUAGCUUCAAGAACAUCACCCGGCAGGGAGGCAGCACCUCCUCCUACCCGGCCUCCCUCUCACCAGCCUCCUCCUCCCGGUCCGGGUCCACCUCCUCUUGCUGCGGGGAGGACCCGGACGACCUCCCAGCCGACGGAGCCGACCUCGCCCUCAACUUCCUGGGCGGCUUCAGCUCCUCCUCCGACCCGUGGACCUCGUCCUCCUGCGGGUCCGCGGGCGGCCUUAGUCUGUCCCUGGUGGACAAAGACCUGGACUCCUGCAGCGGGGUCAGCCUCGGCUCCCACUUCGACUUCCCGGACCACUGCACACCAGAGCUCAGCGAGAUGAUCGCUGGGGACUGGCUGGAGGCCAACUUCUCGGACCUGGUCUUCACCUAUUGACCCAGCGCGGGUUCGGCUCCCGAGUCUGUCUCGGAACCGGUUCUGAGGGGUGAUCCAGAACCAGUCAGGGAGCGGGGUGACGCUGCUGCCCGGGCUCAGUGCGCGGGGGUCGGCUGUGCUCUUGGCUCGGAGUCGCUCCCCGUGGUGGAGGAAAUGAAACGACCAACAGGGUUUUAUGGGUUUAGUUUUCAGUGUCUCGGGUCAGAACCAGGACCCGAACCCGGACUAUGCAUUCCCGCUCAGCCCCAACAGAACUCUGAUUUCAGGACUUUUGCUGCAGGUUUCUGACCUUUUAACCUUGUUUUAGUGAGUUUGCAGCUCAUUGAAACCCGAACAGGAAACAUUUUGAUAUUUACAAAAACGAGAAAACCAAACGUACCUCAGCUUUUUAAUAAACUCAAAAUAAAACUAUUUUCAGGCAUAUUUUUGUACAUUCAGAGGGAAUGUCAGGCACUUCUACUUCCACAGUUUUUUUCUGAGCAUGUGAGGGUUUGAUUCCCUGCAGCCUGCCUUGCUUUAAUGCCUUGCAGAUGUUUUAAGGGUGUACAGACAGAUGUUUACAGGGAGGACUGGUCAGAUUGUACAGGUUGUGUAAAAUAGUUUAGAAGUUUGUGUAUUUCAAUGUGAGCAGGAGAGAAACUGGAUUUUCUGUUGCCUUUCUUAUUAUUUUUCUACCACUUCCAUCAGCAGCACGUGUUUGUUUUGCUCAUUAUUUUUGUGCAAUAUGAAAGAAAAGAGGGUGGAGCUAAAAGGCCGCCACUAGUGUUUCUGAUAGCAGAUGAGAAAACGUGUAAACUCGUCCUUUUGUGAUAAAAUCUGUUUGUCACACUGAAUAAAUCAGCUGGAACUGA